AUGUCGUUUCGGACGAUAAGAGCUCAAUCGUUGAAUCAGCCACCACCAUUGGCGGAGAAGAUCACAGAAGAGCCCGUCACGUUAAGAACGGCUCAAAGCACGGUGACAUGCGUGUACAUGGCGAAUAUUUCGGGGUUUUGGCGAAAAGUGACCGUUACUUGGUGCAAAAAUCUCAUGAACCAUUUCUUCAGCAUAACUGUCCAUAGCCUAGAAGGAGAUUUCCAUUGCUCAUGCAAGAUUGACCUCAAGCCAUGGCACUUUUGGAGCAAAAAAGGGUACAAAUCGUUUGAGGUGGACGGCAACACCGUCGAGGUUUUCUGGGACAUUCGGUCGGCGAAAUUCUCCACAGGGCCCGAGCCCUGCUCCGACUUUUAUGUUGCUCUUGUUUGCGAUGAGGAGGUGGUUUUGUUGAUAGGUGACAUCAAGAAAAAGGCCUACAAAAGGACUAAAUCAAGGCCUGCACUUGUUGAGGCCAUCAUGUUUUACAAGAAGGAGAAUGUCUUUGCCAAGAGAUGUUUUUCGACAAGGGCUAGGCUUGAUGAGAGGAAGAAGGAGUGUGACAUAGUUGUGGAGAGCUCAACCUCAGGGCCACGAGACCCCGAAAUGUGGAUUAGUGUUGAUGGGAUUGUGUUGAUUCAUGUCAAGAAUCUGCAGUGGAAGUUUAGAGGGAACCAAACAGUUUUGGUGAACAAUCAGUAUGUCCAAGUAUUUUGGGAUGUCCAUGAUUGGCUGUUCGGGAGCCCGGGGAACGGCCGCGGAUUGUUCAUCUUCAAGCCGGGGUUCACAGAGCCAGAGAGCGAGAAGGAAGGGAGUGAAAAUGGGAGCGUGUACCACUCGACAAUAAGCAAUUCGAGUUCUCAAGAGUUCUGCCUUUUUCUUCAUGCUUGGAAGAUUGAGUGA